AUGACGUCUCAAUUCGAGCGGAAACAUGUUUCCAAACUGGUUCCCGCCGACCACAGGCUCCUCAUGCCGUUACUUCUUGCUGUUACAAUUGUCAACUCGGCAACACUCGGUUAUGACUCCUCUGUCAUGAACGGACUGUUGAUGCGGCCAUCCUUUGCAGAUUACUUCGAGCUGACAACUGCCCUGGAAGGGCUCAACAAUGCAGCCAACUGGAUGGGCGGCAUCUUUGGCGCGUUCCUCAUGCAGCCUGUCCCAGAUUAUUUUGGCCGCCGCAAGGCCAUCUACAUCGCCUCCGUCGUCACUGUGGUCGGCGUGAUCCUGCAGGCGGCCGCUCAGCACGAGGCAAUGUUCAUUGUUGCCCGCUUCAUCAUCGGCGUAGGUUCGGCGAUCAGUAAUGGAGCUGCCCCGACACUGCUUGGUGAGCUGCUCCCUCCUCACAGACGCAGCCGGCUCCUCGGUCUCUUCUUCUCCUGCUUCUAUAUUGGUAGCUUGGCUUCGUCGAUUGUCAACUACGGCAGCCAGAAUAUCCAGAACACGUGGGCCUGGCGACUACCUUCCCUCUUGCAGUUCGUCCCCAGCUUGCUGGCCGUCGUGAUCGUCCCCUUUGUGCCUGAGUCACCUCGGUGGCUCAUCGCACAUGACCGUGACGAGGAGGCUCUCGAAAUAUUGCUCAUCAUGCAGGGGAAGAACAACAUGGAUAUCCAAAAGGGGUCGGAGCAGCUUGAGGAGAUCAAGAGCACCCUGUCGAGAGAGGCCAAGGAGUUUCCACAUAAUCCCUGGCGCGAGAUGAUUGCCACCAAGGCGAACAGGCGACGCCUUGCGAUUCUUUGCUCCUUUGGUCCUAUGAUUAAUAUGUUUGGUAACUUUGUUAUUUCGUUCUAUCUUACCAAAAUUCUCAACCAGGCCGGCAUCACCAACACAACCACCCAAACGCAAAUCCAAGUCGUCAUCAACUGCUGGUCAUUCGCUGUGGCCGUACUUGGCAGUUUCAUGCUAGAUAUCCUCGGUCGCAGGAUUCAAACCUUCGUCAGCGUCGGCGGCAUGGUCGUUACACUUCUGCUGAUCGGUGGCCUCAUCAAGCUCUACGGUGAAAGUGAUAACACGUCGGGCAUUUACGGAACCAUUGCGGUUAUUUUCCUCUUCCAGGGUUUCUAUGCGUUCGGCAUCACGCCAAUGACCAGUUUGUACCCUACCGAGGUGUCUCCUUUCAAGCUGCGUACUACUGGUCUUGCCAUUUUCCGCAUGCUCGACUCCGGAUUCGGUCUUCUCGCUUCCUUCGCCAUGGCAUACGCAAUGGUCAACCUGGGCUGGAAAUUCUACUUCAUCAACGCAUCAUGGAACUUCGUCUUCCUCAUCAUUGCCUACUUCACAUUCGUCGAGACCAAGGGCCUCAAGCUCGAGGAGAUCAAUGCCAGGUUUGGGGAUGUCAACGUCACGGAUGGUAUUGAGGCUGAGCAGCCAGUGUCGGAAGGGUCGAUCGACGGUGGCAACUUGAAGGGUGGGAAGGUUCUUGAGAGUAGCCGGGAGCUUCGUGCUAAAGAG